UAACUCCAGCAGAGGACGGGACGUAAUGUCCUGUACGCACGCGCAUGAUAAGGUGUCAUUCGUCUGCUACCUACUGCUCAAUGUGAAGAACUACACCACCUCGAGGGCACUGAUGCUCAUGUGCGCGCUUCUGUGGCGCGCAGGCGUAGAACUACAACUUUGGGCACUCCCGGUGGCUGGUUCUCCGAAGCAGGAGAAACUACAUUUCCCAGUAGCCUUUGCUUCGCGGCUCGGGAACUGUAGGCUGUCGGAAUCACGGGACCUGCGGCUGAACAUGGCUUUCUUUGUCGGAUCCUUGUUGGGUCCCGCGGGUAGGUCGGCGGCGCUGCUGGGUGGCAGGUGGCUCCAACCCUGCUCCUGGCUAGGGCUCCCGGACGUUUGGGGCCUUCCCACCCUGCAGCAGGCGCGGGGCAAGGCGCGCGGAAACGAGUAUCAGCCCAGCAAUAUCAAACGCAAGCGCAAGCACGGCUGGAUCCGGCGCUUGAGCACGCCGGCUGGCGUCCAGGUCAUCCUUCGCCGCAUGCUCAAGGGCCGCAAGUCGCUGAGCCAUUGAGGAGCCCAACGCUGCCGGCGGGACCCCUAUUAAAGCAUUUCCCUUUCCUCUACCUUCCCUGAUGCUGUUUUUGCAGGAAGCUAGAGCAGUAAAGACGCGGACAUAAGUGUUCUCCAAAUUGUGAGAUUCCCCCAGGAGGAGAAGUUUGGAUGGGAGUGGAAGUCAAACUUUGCCAAGUUCCUUUUUACGCUUUUUUCAGUUAGGAAGAAUUCUGAAUAUGCACAACAGACCACAGAGUAGUACGACGAAACCCGUCUACCCAGUACGCACGCAGCUCUACUAACUACGUGCAACUUGUCAUGCCCCAUUCUGGUUAUUUUGAAGCUGAUCUCAGGCAUUAGAUUAUUUAUUCUGUAAAUAUUUCAGAAUGUAUCUCUCCAAGAUAAGAGCUCUUUAAAACAGUCAUAAAAC